AUGUCUUCUUCACCACCAUCAGAGACUAUUGAUGAUGAUGGUGAUGUAAUUCAUCAUCCAUCCAAUGAUAAUGUACAACAAUCAUCAUCGGAUGAUAAUAAUAUUAAUACAUUGGAUAAUAAUAUUGAUAACAAUAACAAUACAUUAGAUAAUAAUAGUAUUGAUAAUAAUAUUGAUAAUAAUAAUAAUAAUAAAAAAGAAAUUAAAUUAGAAGAUUUAUUAACAGAAGAAGAAAUAGAAAUAGCAUCUAAAGUAUUAGAAAAAUUAUCAUUUCAUUCAUAUUUAUUAACAAAUCCUAAAUUAUCAAAUUUAAUAUUAUCAGGUUCUUUAGUUUUUAAAAGAAAAAUUACAAAAGAAGAACAAGUUGAAAUGAAAAGAGAACAACGUAAAAAAAUUAAAGAAAAAGUUAAAAAUCAUGAUACAAAUAUUUUAAAUGGAACUUUAAUGAAACAAAAGAAAAUGAAUGAAGUACAUUUUUUAAAACAACAAAUUAGAAUGAUACCAAAUGCACCUAAUAGUGAAGUACCAUCUUUAACAUUAGAAGAAGAAGAAGUAAUUAUUGAAUCUAUACCAUAUGAUGAAUCAUUACAUUCACAUUUAGAUAAUAAUCCAAUUACAAGUCCAAAUAUUAUUAUUAUUAAUAAUAAUAAUAAUACAAAUGAUAGUAAUGAUAAUUCAAAUAAUUCCAAUGAUAAUAAUAAUAAUAAUAAUACUACAUCUGAUAAUAGUACUACUACUACGACAUCCAAUUCUAAUUCUAAUAAUUCUUCUAAUAAUUCCAAUUCUAAUAAUAAUAGAUUAAAAAAAGCCAUUAGAUGUUAUAUAUGUCAUGAAAAAACAAAUCAAAUUCAUGAAUUUUAUCAUAAAAUGUGUUGUAAAUGUGGAGAAUAUAAUUUAGAAAAGAGAUAUCAACAAGUAGAUUUAUCUAAUAAAAUAUGUCUAGUAACAGGUGGACGUAUUAAAAUAGGAUAUUAUACAGCACUUAAAUUAUUAAGAUCUAAUGCUGAAAUGGUAAUAGUAACAAGUAGAUUUCCUAAAGAUACAUCUAUUAGAUAUUCUAAUGAACCUGAUUUUAAUAUAUGGAAAGAUAAAUUAAAAAUUUAUGGUAUUGAUUUUAAACAUAUUCCAUCUGUUAUUAAAUUUACUGAACAUUUAUUAAAUAUUUUACCUAGAUUAGAUAUUUUAAUUAAUUGUGCUGCUCAAACUAUUAGAAAACCAACUGCUUAUUAUGAACAUGUUGCUAGAUUUGAAUUAACUACUUCUUUACAAGAUUUAUCUCAAAAUGAAAGAAAUUUAUUACCUUUAGAUUUUAAUAUGGAAAUUAAUCAUGAACAAGAAUUAAUUGCAUUAAAAAUGUUAUCUUCAAUGAAUGUUAAUAAUAAUAAUAUGAAUAUGAAUCAAUUGACUAGUAGUAAUGAUAAUGAUAAUAAGAGUAAUGAUGAUAAUAAUAAGAGUGAUAAGAAUGAUAAUAAUAACAAGACUCAAUCAUCAGAACAUAUCAAUAAUGAUAAUACAAAUGAAAUACAUUUAUCUAAUAAUACAGAAGAAUCAAGACUAUUAUUAAAUAAUACUAGUAAUAAUAAGAAUGAAAUUAAAUAUUCAAGUAUAUUAGAUCCUAUUAAUAUAAGUACAAGUAGUUUAAUAUGUCAAAUACCAAUAUUAGAUGAAGAUAAAAGUUAUAAUGAACAAUCAUUUCCACGUGAUAUUUAUGAUGUUAAUCAAAAUCAAGCAGAUUUUAGAUCAACAAAUUCAUGGAUUGCUACUUUACAAGAUGUACCUGUUUUUGAAAUGUUAGAAGUACAAACUAUUAAUGUUACUGCUCCUUUCAUUUUAACUUCAAAAUUAAAACCUUUAUUAAUUAAAGGAAUGAGUUUUAUUGUAAAUGUAUCAUCAAUGGAAGGACAAUUUUAUCGUAGAUCUAAAGGAGUAACACAUCCACAUUUAAAUAUGGCAAAAGCAAGUUUAAAUAUGAUGACAAGAACAAGUGCAUCUGAUUAUGCACGUGAUAAUAUUUACAUGACAAGUGUUGAUACUGGUUGGAAUAAUGAUGAAAAUCCAUUAACUGAUUUGGAUAAUAUUUCACAAACUUAUUUUUGUCCUCUAGAUGAAAUUGAUGGUGCUGCUAGAAUUUUAGAUCCAAUUUAUCAAGCAAUUACAGGUAAACAAUUAUAUUUUGGUGUUUUUUUAAAGAAUUAUGAACCAUUUAGAUGGUAA